GAGGUGAUAGGUGAUACGGGAGGUGACAAGUUGUUUAUAUUUUAUCGUGAAAUAAUUUAUUCUGAAAUAAUGAUUAUCUAGUCUUUGCAAGAAUUCGAAAAUGGAGAAUUAAUCAAUAGAUUUUUUUCUGAUUUUUUUUGUACAGUUAUAUCGGUGGCUUUUCGGCUGAGUGGUAAUAUUUACUCUUCGUUAUACGUGAAUUUUUGUGUGUCAAUAAUGGCCGCCUGAAAAAUUUUACAUUUUCCAGUCAAAUCAGUAGAUGUAAAAAAACACGAACUAUCCAUCGAAAAACAACUGGAAACAUGUGAUGUGUUUGAAUAUUCAGUUCAGUUAAUUUAUGGUGAAUCAGUAUUUUCAUUGAAAGAUCAAAAUGGCAGAAAGCAAUAACCAGAGAGCCCCAAAGAUUAUGGUGUUCCGUCCCACAUGGGAAGAAUUCAAAGAUUUUUCCACUUACAUAAAACACAUGGAGUCUAAAGGGGCACACAAAGCUGGACUAGCAAAGGUAAUACCCCCACCUGAAUGGGUGCCCCGAAAAUCAGGUUACAAUGUAGAGGAUCUUGAUAUCAGCAUCCCAUCUCCAAUUUGCCAAGUUGUCACUGGCAAACAAGGACUAUACCAACAGAUAAACAUACAAAAAAAGGCCAUGACUGUGAAACAAUACCAGGAGCUAGCUAAUUCAGAGCGCUAUGCCACUCCCAGGCAUUUUGAUUAUGAGGAUUUGGAGAGGAAGUAUUGGAAAAAUAUUACAUAUGUUGCUCCUAUUUAUGGAGCUGAUGUUUCUGGCAGCAUAACAGACAGUGAUGUUGAUGAGUGGAAUAUUAAUAAACUUGGUACCAUACUUGACUUGGUGAAUGAAGACUAUGGUAUAUCUAUUGAGGGUGUUAACACUGCUUAUUUGUACUUUGGUAUGUGGAAGACCACUUUUGCAUGGCAUACUGAAGAUAUGGAUUUGUAUUCCAUAAAUUACUUGCAUUUUGGAGCUCCAAAAACAUGGUAUGCUAUACCACCAGAGCAUGGCAGAAGGUUAGAAAGGCUUGCCAAUGGUUUUUUUCCUGGUUCCUAUAAAACUUGCCAAGCAUUUUUGAGACAUAAAAUGACUCUGAUAUCUCCACAAAUAUUGAAGCAGUAUUCUAUUCCUUAUAACAAGAUCACUCAAGAAUCUGGAGAAAUAAUGAUCACUUUUCCAUAUGGAUAUCAUGCUGGUUUCAACCAUGGUUUUAACUGUGCUGAGUCAACAAAUUUUGCACAAGAAAGAUGGAUAGAAUAUGGAAAAAGGGCUUCACAAUGUACAUGUAGUAAAGACAUGGUCAAAAUAUCUAUGGACACAUUUGUGAAGAGGUUCCAAUCAGAUAGGUAUGAAAUGUGGUUGAGAGGAGAAGAUGUUGGGCCCCAUCCAGAAGAACCAGACAGAAAGGUUGCUGCUCCUCUGCCCAUGCCUCAGGACAUCUUGUGCAACAAAAACAACCCCUCUUUGCCCCUGAGUUAUUUGGAGGUGCCCAAGAAGGGUGCUAAGAAAGGAGGGGGAGGAAGAAUGGGUUAUAGCCAUUUGAACAUGACAGAGUUCCCCACUUCCCUGCAACUGGAAUUGAUGGAAGAGGACAACUUGCCCUAUGGGUCAGAUGACCUACCGCCGGACGAACAACAGCUGGAAGUUCUCGAAGAUAUUUGGCUCAAGGCAGGAGAAAUUGAAGCGGAAGACGCGACGAUAUGCGACGCUGGCUACAACGUGAAGAAGAGCCGGAAGUACUUCCAGAAGAAGAAGCGCCAGAAGCAGAAGGCUAAACGGCGGUCGGACGACGAUCCGGGAUGGCGGCCGAAAAAGGGCGAGGACUAUUCCACCGACGAGCUGACAGGCCUUUACGCCGCCUGCGACAGAAAGGACAAGAAGGUGUGCGGCAAAAUCGUGAAGCCGAUCGAAGAGCAGGUUUACAAGGCGGAAUUGGUGAAAUCUCUAUUGGCCCAGGAGACAGAUAAGAUAUUGAAGCACAAGAAAAAGCACAAGCACAAGGAGAGGAACCAUGAACAUAAGAAGCAUAAAAAAGGCAAACAGCGAGAGGGAGAAACGACCGCUACGACCCUUCCUGUUCAUCCGGAAUCGAUCAAAUCGGAGGACCCGGAGGAUUCUAGUCCGGAGGUGAAGCAAGAAAUCGACAGCAUAAUACGUGCUGCUGCCGAGGAACACGAACAAGCCCUACUCAACGAAUCCGAACCACCCAACCGACUAGAUUCUCCCAAUCUAAUCCAACUACCUCCAGCCCCCAAAACCGAUUUGAAAUCGUACAGGCGACAAAAGGAAAAACCGAAACUGAGCACCGUAGAAACGAUAAAAACGUCCAAAGGCAUCAUCACCGUUGUGGGCUCGCACCCGAUGCAGAUUAAACCGAAAACGGAAGUCAAUAAACCCGCGAACCCUUUCGAAAAUCAAUUCUUGAGUUUCCUGAACACUCCUCGAUACGUACCCGAGAAGAAAUCGACGAAAACGAAAGUAUUCAAAACUAAACCUACCAUUUCCGAGACCAUCUCAUCUUUACCAAAGGACAUUAAAAUAUAUUCUAAUAGGAAACCGUCUAGUAGCGCAGUCGGUACCGCACCAGAGACUACGCAAUCUCUUCCAGUCACACUAAACGAUCUUCUUUCUUCACCUCUGCAACCUCAACCAACUCUGACGAAGUCAGAGUCAUCGAUCAAGUCGGAGUCUUCUUCGCUUCCAUCACCUUCCCCCCAAUCGCCGGCCAGUGCUAAUAAUGUCAUCGUUCAACGAAUGCCGGAGCUGACCGUCCCGGAACCGUUUACCUCUCACGAGCAAAUGCCAAGGCUCGAUUCACCCGUCGCCACACAGGCCAUUAUCAAAGCUAGUGCCCCACCCGUGAAAACCGAAACGUUGAUGCCUAGUCUGGAAAAAGUAGAACCGAAACCAUCGCCACCCAAAAAAUACAAACCCAAUCUCAUUUGGAGCAACCAGAACUUUUACAGGGUCAACAGAUGUGAAGAAACCAUCUACACCAACCAAGACAGGUUCUAUCCCAUGAGCCACACGCCUAUAAUCUUCGACAAGGAACCGGAAAAGAAAGUCAUAGUUGAAACGAUAAAAACAGACUUCUUGGACAGCAUAACGGCUUUGGAAACGGAUGAAUUCGUAGUGCCUCCAGCGGUGAAGGAAGAAGAAUGCGUUAGCCUGUCGGACAUAGAAACUGACUCGUGCGGUUCCUCUUGCUCUUGUCCAUGUUCGAACUCGUCUUGCUCAGACUCAUCUUGUUCGGGUUGCUCGAAUUGUUCCACUUGCCAAAGCGAUACCGAGUCGGAACGAGAAGAAGAGAUUUACCGGAGCGAUACGUCGAGUUACAAUCCCAGCGACAGCAAUUAUUCCUCGUCGUCCUCUGACGAUGACUAUGAUAACAAAAGAGGUCGGAGAUAUGUGGCCGUGUCCAAUCCGAAAUGCGAGCUCAGCCGUCGGGAAUCUGUCAAUAAUAACGGAAAACAUGUGUAUGUUACAGACGAGGAGACGAAGGAAAACGUGGGGCGAUGCAAAGCAGCCCGCAAAACAGGUAGGCAAAACGACAAGAUGUCUUCGGCUAAGGCGAAAAGGUUUCUGAAGGUCUUCAAAAUGUUCGAGAAUAACAAAAACAACAACAACAACAACUACAGCGUGAAAAAGGGCAGCCCCAAACAGGUAAAGUCUUCGCCGCGGCCUUACCUCUCCGAAAUCAUCAUGGGAGUUAGGAAGAAAGGUCGACCGCCUGCUAACUAUCAAAGUCAAUUUACGCUCAUCAAAAAAAUGUUGAACGAUUUCAAGAACCGUUCGGAGUCGGUGCCGAGCAAGGUGGACGGUUCGUUGAGCGAGCAUUUGUCGUUGAAAAAAGCCAACCUAACUCCCGUGGAGUGUUACGUCAAAGCGCAAGACGUUUUGAGCAAUUUCAGCAAAGAGAUACAGGAGUAUCUGCAUUCCGGCCUCACUUUAUUCAAUGUCAGUUCUCUUCCCAUAGCCAGAAGUUGCGAUGUGAAGAAAUCUGUGGUGAGGAAUAGCAAGGAGGCUAGAAGGAAGGCGGAAAGUGACAAUGAUGAGGCGAGGUACCUCGCGAUCAAAUUGGAUCAAGUUGUGUGGGCGCGACAUAAAAACGGCAGGUACUAUCACGCACGAGUGGUCGACAUUAAGGUCGAUUCGCAGAUGUGCGUCUUCUUUCCCGAAGACCAGAGUUUCUCGAAGGAUAUUCGGAUGAGCGACGUCGUCGAUUUCGAGACGAUGGACGCACCAGAAAUCGGACAAAGACUCCAGAUACGGUAUUAUUCGAAGAUGAAACUAAGAGCCAUCUCCACAGAGAUUUUGUCUAUGGUUUGAAAGAAUCCAUACCAAAGCGAAUACUCUCAAAAUUGUCUUAUGCUAGUGAUAUGCAAAACCGUGAACACCUCUAUGAUUUAGAAAGGCCUUUGCCAGAGAAGCGGCCGGUGAAGCGGAAAGUAUUCAAAGAUGGCGACAAAUAGUUUUAGCUGUAAUUUUAUUAACUUUUGUUUGAAGACUGAAUUUCGGAAAUAGUUUGUACGUCUUUUUUACAAAAUUCACGUGAUAUGGUGAAAGGACGUAUAAUUGUAGUCCCUACGUCAUUUUUUUUUCCACAAAAUUGAUUUCAUUCUCUAUUUUUAAUGUAAUUUGAAUUUGUGACAUCAUCAAGGGUGAGAUAAAUUGAACCGCAUUUUUGUCUACUUGGGUCACAUUUUAUUAAUUUUUAGUCUUCUAAUUGUGUGUGUGAUAAAAAUUGUAUUUAUUUCAUUUUCGUAUGUAAAUACAAAUACAUAUAUUAUUUUUUCUUGAUUCUCUGUAAAAAAAUAUUAUUGUAACAUAGAGAUCACAAAUUAUGUCUGAAAUAUUGAGUUUAAUUGAUAAUAAAAAAAUAUGUUCACCU